AUGUGGCUAUCUGAUCCUAACAACGUGCUCGCUGUAGUCUUGUCGUUCAUGAGCCAAUGGGGCAACGGACCUCGCUCGCCCACCACCGAUCCACCUUCAUCGCCCACGCCUACUAAACCCACUCAAGCGCCUAGCGAGAACCUGAAGUACCAGAAGCCACCUCCGAACAUCGACACGGCUACAUCGCAAGCUCAGCUCGCAAAGCUCGAUGCAUUCGCCAAGCAAUCGCCAGGCUCGCCUACCUUCACACCCUCACGAGCAAGAGGCGACUCGAGAGCGAACACUCGACCAAGCAGCGUGAUGAUGCAGACAUAUCAGCCGCCACAGAUGGAUCUGGCUGCCCUCGACACUCCACCGGAAUUGCAGCCGAUCUUCAGCUACUUGAACAGCCACAGCAAUAAACUAUACCAGGAAGGCUACUUCUUGAAGCUGCACGAUCUGGACUCGAGGGGCAGGCCAAGCCCGGAUAGAGUGUGGGUGGAGUGCUUUGCACAGUUGGUUGGCACGGUAUUGUCGCUGUGGGACGCUGCUGCCUUGGACGCGGCGGGAGAGGACGGCGAGGUUGUGCCUACGUUUAUCAACCUGAGCGAUGCGUCUAUCAAGAUGAUCGAGUCUCUGCCCAUGAACGGAGCACAAGGCGGCAGUCUGCAGAACGUGCUCAGCAUAUCUACGGCAGCCAACAACCGCUACCUCUUACAUUUCAACUCGCUCAAUUCCCUGACACAAUGGACGGCUGGUAUCCGACUGGCCAUGUUCGAACACUCGACUCUGCAAGAGGCAUACACCGGCUCGCUCGUCGCAGGUAAAGGAAAGUCCUUGAACAACAUCAAAUCCAUCAUGACGCGCUCACAAUUCCCUCAUGAAGACUGGGCUCGUGUGAGGUUCGGUGCUGGAACUGCUUGGAAGAGAUGUUGGUGCGUCAUCACUCCGCCAGACGAGAAGGAAUACAACAAGGUACAGAAAACACUCAAGAAGACCUCGGCAUACGAGCGAGUGAAGAUGCCAAAGGGUGACAUCAAAUUCUACGACACACGAAAGAUCACAAAGAAGACGAGACCGAUCGCUACAAUUACGGAUGCCUAUGCUGCGUAUGCUAUCUAUCCACAAUCGAAGCCACUCAUCGAUCAAUCGACUCUGGUCAAGCUGGAAGGUCUGGUCACUGUCCACGGCUCUCCUGAGCAAGUAACGGAGGGCUUCGUGUUUGUCAUGCCUGAAGUGCAUGCGGCUGUGACUGGAUUCGAGAUGAUGUUGAGAUGGCUCUUCCCAGUCUUCGAUACCUUCAACUUGUACGGGAGGCCAAGUCGACUCAUUGCGGACACACUUGACCAACGUGGACUCAUGUUUGCCAUGCCCUCGGAUAGGCGGUAUGGCUACUUGGACAUCCUCGAUGUCUCUGCAUUGAUUCACACCGACGGCAGCCAAGCGUGGAGUGAACGACAGUGGAGAGGAGAACUGAAGAAGCUAACAGGCACACGCAUGUCAAACCAGAUGGAGACCACACGCCUGCCCGCUCAACGACGAAACACCACCACUGGACGCAGUUCAAUGACUCCCACAAAAGGAGGUGUGCGAUUCGACCAGACUGGCACAUACGACUCAGCACCAGGCUCACGAUCCGCAUCGCCACCUGUCAUGGGAGGUGCACCAGACGAUCGCUUUGCCCCACCCCAGAGAGUCGACUCCGCCCCUCCCAGCGUGUCCACAGGCAGCCCUCACAAGCGAUCUGUCUCGGAUGCGCAAGGCUACCGCAGCAGAUAUGAGACGCAGACGCCAUCGCGAUUAUCGUACGACCCACAGUCGAGCACUGACGAUGAAGUGGUACCGCCAGCACCUCCAAGACAUGGUGGCUUGCUCGGCCCGAAUCUCAACCGUGCUCAUGGACCUGGCACACUUGAGCGCAUUCAGUCCGGUGAUGCGGUACCGACCUUCGCUUCGCUCGAGCCGCAGACGUCGGCGUUCUUGCCACCUCCAGCACCAGUACUGUCUCCACCCGCCUUCACGCACAGCCCCAACGAUCGUCCCGCCAAUGAGCCAUAUCAAGCUCCAGAGCUGCGUCGUGCACAUUCCAACGUGGACGCGGCGACACUAUACCAAAUGCAGGAUGCUGUACAGAGGGAAGACGCACCAGAAGAAGAGUGGACUGGUGAGCUACAACAGCGCCAGCAGUAUCCGAUGCAAAACCAUAUCAGCUCGGUAGCGUACCUCCAACACCAACCUAGAAUGCCUGCUGAUCGAUCGCAAGGCAUAUUGAACGACUCCGCGAACAUGGGCGCACGCAAGAACAGCAACACGCCAUUACGAAAUGUUAUCUCGCAUGGACAGAGCAUAAGUUCGAUCGAGAAUCCGUCGCACAUGGGCGCUGAGGACGCAGAACAUUUCUAUUCGGCACGACAAACGCCUGAGCCAUUGCAGCAGAUGGAUGGUGCGAGCGAUGAUAGACUAUACAACGGGACACAGAGGACGCUCCGAAAGCAGCCAUCGCUCACGUCUAUGAAGUCUAGUCGGAGUAUUGCAAGGAAGCCCGUGCCGAAAAAAGAUGCACCCUCACCUGCUCUAUCUAAUGUUAUCUCCACAGGACAGUCACGUAAUGUUGCGGAUGAUGACUCGCCCGACUCACCCGUGGCCAGCGAAAGUUUUGAGGGCGCAUUGAUCGACUCCGAUGCACUUGAGCGCAUAUUGGACAACGAUCGUACCAGUUCCAUGGCAUCCACACAGCCCGAUUAUGCUAGCGUAGCCAGUUCGAAGCAUGAGGAAAGAAAGAAGCCGAUAGAAUACGUCAGACCUGGCAAGCUCAAGACCGUAGGCGACCCAGACUACAAACCCACUCACGUUCGCCAGAACAGUGCUGGGAAGCUUGAUACGUGGGCGUUUGACGAGACGGAGAAGACGGCUGAAGUGCCAGCCGUUGACUUUGGCCCCACACCACUUUACAAGCCUUCCACAAGGCCGACUACCAGUGGCACGCUUACACCUGGUGGCAUCCACGACCGAAGCCGGUCAAGAUCGGGCGACCGUCUGCGCGACUCGAAUCGUGCCACGCCAACAGAGAAUUUUCGUCACUCUUACUUCGGUGGGCCAGGGGCGGCCAGUCCGCUCGCAGGGUCGCCCGGAGAUAGAGCGAGCAUGGCUUGGCAGCCUCAAGCUCAAGCCUCACCUGUCGGUACAACUGGGAGUGCGAGCUUGACACCGGAGCAGUGGGUUGCGCACCGGGCUGCCUUGGCUGCCCAGCCUCAGCAGGCCCCUAUCAGGCGGCCUGGGUCGGGCCUUGCACAACAUCACCGCACGGCUUCCGGUGGUAGUAUGCACCAAUUACGACGGUCGUUGACCAAGACGCCACCUCCACUAUCACGUACACCAUCGGGCGAUUGGACGCAGUAUGCCCAGCCUGGUGCUCAACGCACACCACCCAGUCGCCCUCAGUCCCGUGGAGCAGGAACGUACCUGAAUCAGCCUAACGCCCAACCAAGCAAUCUGACUGCAAGGGAGCAAAUGCAUGUCGCUCGUGCGACUGGUCAGCCUCUCCUAAACUACACCACCUCCCAACACAAGAAGCUGCAAGAAGAGCACCAACCAGGCCUCUUCGGCGCCCUUGCCGCCCGCGAACGCGAAAAGGAAGAAGGCAAGAAGACGACUAAUCGGAAUUCUAUGCAUAAUCCCAUGGUCGCGCAAGCGAUCGCGGCUAGACAGUAUCAGCAAUACGAGAACGAGGAGAGGGUGAGGCAGGAAUAUGCUAUGCAACUGCAGAAUCAGGCUCAGCACCAGUAUGUUCAACAGCAGGCUCAGCAGCAAGCUCAGAUGCGGGAGUUGCAGCAACAGCAGAAUGCUAUGAUGGCUAGGAGUGCGGCGGUCUUGGCUAGCCAGCAGCAGGGUCAUGGUUACGGUCAAGGUGGGCAGGAGCAGGGUCAGGGGCAGGGGCAGAGGCCGGGCACGGCUAUGUCGGGCGGUUCGUUGCAUCCGGGUUUCGAGGGUUUACCGCAGGCUGGGCCGAUAAGUCCGGAGGGGCAGAGUGGGAUUAGUGGGAAUGGGGGGUUCUCGAGUCCGUUUGCGAGGCAGUUGUAUGAGAGUCAGCAGGCUUUGCAGGGUGCGCAGCAGGGUGGUGGGGGACAGUGGCAGCAGCAGCAGAGGAGGGCGUGA